AUGGAGAACCAUCUACGUUCUAAAUUUAAGCGAGAUCCUUGGAGUGGAGAGGAAGAUCAAAUAUUGAUUGAAGCUCAUAGAGCUGUUGGCAACAAGUGGGCUCAAAUUUCUCUUGAACUCCCAAGAAGAAGCGAAAAUGCUGUUAAGAACCAUUGGAAUGUAACAGUGCGCCGAAUGUUCUCAACAAAUCGGUCUUACGAUAACAUACUUGAAAACUACAUAAGGUCUAUCACAAUCAACAAUGAUACUCCAAAUGAUACUUCUGAUGGGAAUAUGAGCUUGAGUUUGGACGUUACACCACAGAUAGACGAACCAUCCAUCGAUGCGUCUACAUCAUCAGUUCUAGAGCCAACAACAUUUUCAUGGGAUGAUUAUCUUACUAACAUUUGUGACUCCAUGGACUUUGAAAUGGUCAUGAAUGAGUGGGAGUAA